AUGUAGUUAAUUGGAUAUUUAGUAAAAAGAUUAUUGUUAGAAUAAACUUAGAUAAAUGUAAAUACUUUAAAAAUAUUAUAUCUAUAUGUAGCGGUUUGCGGCUUAUAUGAUUAUAGAAAUGAUGGGUAUAUAAAUGGGAGAUUGAUUGAGUUUAGCGAUCGAUUUAAAAUGGAUUCUUAAAUCACUCUUGAUGGUUAAUAUAAAAAUGGUUAGAAAGUUUGUAGAUAGAAUUUUUAUUGGAAAAAUAGGAAAAUAUUUAAAUGA